AAACCUUCGUACUGGCAGAAGGCAGACAGAAGCCAGACUAUUGCGUGGCUUCGGCUGCAGUUAACACAUUUAGUUUACAAUUUUAUGUGUUCAGUAUUGGCAUCGCAAUUAAUUUUUUACCGUCAUUAGUGAUAGAUAAAUGAACAGUAAAUACCUAAAACUUGUUUUCACUGUUUAACUUAUACACCAUAGUAAUUGUACAAAUCAGAAAGCAGAUUUGUUUUAAUCAAGUUUGUACACAAUGGGCGAAAAAAGCCAUGGUUUGUCGAAAGAAGAAAUUGCUAAGCAGUUCAUGCUUCCAGAGAGAAAAAGUAAAAUAGCUACUCUUUUAAAACAAGAUGAUCAAGCCUAUUGCAUUUGUCGAAGUUCUGACAGCUCCAGAUUCAUGAUUGCUUGUGAUUCGUGUGAAGAAUGGUAUCAUGGAGAUUGUAUCAACAUAACUGAAAAAGAAGCCAAGCACAUCAAGCAGUUUUUUUGUGCAAAAUGCAAAGAGGAAGAUCCAACUUUACAAACAAGGUACAAACCAAAGAGAUCUGAGAAAGUUGACAAAACCGACAAAGAUGAUCGAAAGCACAAAAAAAAUAAGGAAAAAGAAAAAGUUUCAAAAUACGAAAAAGAUGAACCUUAUAAUCCUGCAACCAUUGGUCAAAAAAAGCCAUCUAAACAUUGUGGCGAAUGUAGGGGAUGCCUAAGAACAGAAAAUUGUGGUAAAUGUGAUAAUUGCAGACAAUUGAAAAGAUUUGGAUAUUCAAGAUGUGGAAAACUUCGUUGUGAACAAAAAAUGUGUCAUGUUUUUGGUAAUCCGUUGAAACCUUCUAAAAAUGUUAAUCGUAAUAUAAAAUUAACUAAAAGAAGGCGUCGUGAUUCGAGUAGUGAAAGAAUAGAUUACCUGGAACCUCCCAGACAUUGCUAUGGACCAUCUUGUGUGAAACAAUCAAGACCUGGAAGUAAAUAUUGUUCUGAGGACUGUGGAAUAAAAUUAGCAACUAGUAGAAUUUUUCAAGUACUUCCAUCAAGACUCCAAGAAUGGGGCCUUACCCCAUGUAUAGCUGAACAAAAUAAUGGUUUGGCUAUAGAAAAUGUCAGAAAACAACAACAACAUGUGAGACAAAUACUGCAUGAAUUAGAUAGAAGACAUGCUGAGUUGGAUAGAAUAGUAGAGCGAGCAAAAAAUGAUACUAUAGAUCCUAGAACUGAAAUUGAUGAUAAUGAUGAUACAGAAAUGAGUAUGUAUUGUAUAACAUGUGGUCAUGAAGUAAAUUCUAGGACUGCUAUAAAACAUAUGGAAAAAUGUUUUAAUAAGUAUGAAUCACAAGCAUCUUUUGGUUCUAUAUUUAAAACUAGGAUCGAAGGUCAAGUCAUGUUCUGUGAUUAUUAUAAUCCAAUGAACCAUACGUACUGUAAAAGAUUAAAAGUGCUUUGCCCAGAGCAUUGUAAAGAUCCAAAAAUCAGUGACACAGAAGUUUGUGGAUGUCCAUUAGUCGCCAAUGUUUUUGAUGCAACUGGUGAAUAUUGCAGAGCACCAAAAAAAAGCUGUACUAAACAUUAUGUUUGGGAAAAAUUGCGUAGAGCUGAAAUAGAUAUGGAAAGGGUUCGACAGUGGUUAAAAAUUGAUGAACUCUUGGAACAAGAAAGACAAAUCAGGUCAAAUAUGGCAUCUAGAGCAGGAGUUUUGGCUUUAUUACUUCAUUCUACCUACAAUCAUGAAAUAAUGGAAAAAAUUAAUCAAGAAAGAAAUAGAGAACAAAUGCGAGCCAUUGAAGAAGAAAUGAAAAGAAGAAAACUAUCUGAUACUGAACAGUGAUAGUUUUUUUAUUGUAAUAUUUAGCUGC